AUGGGAACCACAAUCUUCAUUCUCUUGGGGUUGGUAGUUACUGUUCACAGUUUGUUGAACCAUGGUGGCUCAAGACACAAGAUUUUGGAAGUUGAGAGAAAAUUAAAGCAUCUUAGAAGACAUUCCUUAAAAACUAUUCAGAGUGAAGAUGGGGAUAUCAUUGAUUGCAUUGACAUUAAUAAGCAACCAGCCUUUGAUCAUCCAGCAUUGAAAGGUCACAAAAUCCAGAUGGCUCCCACUUAUGAUUCAGCUAAGGAGGACACAACAGUAGGGACCAGAACUACCAGAACUAGAAAUAAUGCAAAGAUCAGUGGCAAAAGCAAAAUGAUGAAGGAAAGGGUUGAAGAGUCAUCUCUGAUUGUGACUUCACAAGUGUGGCAGAAAAGUGGAAGAUGUCCAGAGGGAACAAUACCUGUUCGAAGAAUACAAAAGAAAGAGGUGCUCAAGGCUCAAUCAAUUGAAGACUAUGGAAGGAAGAAGCCAAGCUUCUCUCACCAACCUGUUGGUCAACUCAAUAAGAAUCUCGAUUCCUUUGUACAACUUAAAAACCACUCUAAGGCAAUAUUGUUUACAAUAGGGUACCGCUACUUGGGAGCAAAAGGAGAUAUUAAAGUGUGCAACCCUUUUGUUGAAAAGGACGAUGAGUACAGCAUUUCUCAAGUAGCUCUCUUAACAGGGCCAUACAAUGACUUUGAGUGCGUUCAAGCUGGAUGGGCAGUAAGAAGUCCCUUCUACUUUCUUCUUCUUUCAUGCAUCACAAUAUAA